CCCGUACACAGCUGUCGUCACCCCAUUCUGGAGGCUUGAUCCGCCCUACACUUGACGGUUUCCCUUUUCUGAUUUGGUAUUUUUGUUACUAUUUUCAUUGCACUGUCAGCAAAGGACGCGCCAGCUGAGCGCCUCAGCCUGUCCUGCGCCCACCCUCUAUUUUUUUUCUCGUUGCUCCGACUGCCGGUGAUCAACGUCUCGCCUCGCCUGGGCACCUGGCACCCUCAGCCACGUCCGACCUGCAACUUUAUCUGUCAACCUGCUCCCCUUUCCCGCAGAUUUGCGCUUUUCUUCUCUCGCGUUCUCCUUCUUGUUGAACUCUUUCUUUUCCUUUUCGAGAUUGCGUCGCUUCUUCUAGCUGGAAUUGAUACAUUGAUCAGCUGCGAAAGUCAUCUCAGCAUUGCUUCCCCAGAGCUUAGGACUCAGCUCGUCGUCGACACAACUUUCGUCGUCAGGCUGCUCUACCUCUCGGCCUACAUUGGCUACUAAACUAUUCAAAAAGCAUUGACCGCUGCGUCAUAUACUUUGUAUCUAUGUACACCAUGGACUCCAAUCAAUAUGGAUCUAAUAUGCUUGCAUAUCCGGAUCCUGCGCACUUCGACUAUGCCGCCUUCUUGUCGGAGUCGUCGCCAUAUCAAAACCUCUCGCCACUCCCCCACACACUGCCAUCUUCAUCGGAACAAAACUCAACGUCGCCAAUCUCUACUAGCAAGAGCUCGCAUGGCGAUAGUAGUGCCAGCAGCUCCAGUGGCGCCCUUACGCGUAAGGCGCAGGCCCAGAAGCAACGCCUGGAGCGGAGGGGCCAUACAAAGAGCCGCCGAGGAUGUUACAACUGCAAACGUAGGCGUAUAAAGUGUCAAGAAACUAGACCAGCUUGUGGACACUGCGUCAAGACUGGGCUGGACUGCGAAUACCCCAUCGAACCCCAGAUCACACAUCAACCUCAUCAUCAAAUCCCCUUGUUCAGUUUGCAGGACAUGCGAUUCUUCCAAUACUUUUUAACACAGUGCUAUCCAUCCCAUCCUCUCAAGCAAGAGGAGGUUUGGACGCACGAGAUCCCAUGUAUUGCACAAAGCCACGACUUUUUAAUGCACUCAAUACUGGGUUACUCGGCGUCGGAGCUCAUCCAAACCGACCCAAGUCUCGCCAAUGCUGCGUUGACCCAUCGAGUCAAGGCCAUUCGAUCCAUUAAGAAGCGUUUAUCAGAGUCAGGACGUGGCGAGAUGACAUACGAGGAAUCCAAUGCCAUGGUCGCCAGCUGCUUCGCUCUCACCUUCCAAUCGACCAAGCUCGAUGAUGGUCUUGCAGAAUACAUGACUUUUAUCCGCGGUAUUGCCAUUGUCGCUAUGCAGAUGGGCUUCCGCGGAAUUAAGCCUGUAUUUCCCACGUUGUUUGAGGAUAACCAGAACGAAAUCUUGCAGCCCUACAUGGAGGAUCUACCUCUUAUUCAGAGGGGGUUGGCAGAUGCUGCCGCAGCGUCCAUUCAAGGAUUGAGACCUCUGUGUACCACACCACUCGAGCUGGAAUACCUUCAAAAGCUGCAAGAGAUUGUCGAGCAGCUCUAUAUUAACUCGUUUGAAGCUUACAAGACCAAUUCAAGGCAAUACGGCUGGUGGAUGCUUCUACCGCAUGACGUGUUUCAAGAAUUGCUUGACAUGGAUAACCAGGUGAUGUUGCUUUUGCAUUCACACUGGAUCGCCCUGUCACAGAUUAUGGCUUUCAUCAACGAACAAGAACAGUCUGCCCGAGAGAAGCGCCCAACCAAAGAAGAUGGGCCUCGUGACCCUGGAUUUAUCCGCUGGCUCAAAUAUCUCAAUGCCAGAGUAGACUACAACAACAGCCGCUACAACCAGUGGCCUCAGUGGGUUGAUGCGCAGCUGGACAAAGACAUUACAAUCUUUGGACGCAGAGAAUAGAAAUGUGGCACACUGUUGUUUUUGGAAAGUUUUCGUAUAUAAAAAUAUUACCAAUGAAAUAUAUGAUUGCUUAUGAUGUAAGAAACAAAACUUUCAACGGAGUCGUGCAUAUAUACCACGCCCGUGACAUGGGCGGCACUGCACCCAACUCUGGUACCGCCAAGAAGGCGAUCAAUUCUUCGCCCGCCCUUCAUUUUUAAAGUAGGGGAAAUUCCCCUGGCCCCGCAGCCUUGCAGAUCGUCUCAUCAUCGUGCGUUUUCGUGUUCUAUGUACGAUGCAGAGCUUGGACACAAGUAGCAUUCUCAUAUGAUAGUCCAAGGCUCCUACAGCGGCUCGGAGCAAGGGCGCCAGGAAGACGUCACCUCAAUUCGAAUUAAAGACCUCAUAUUGUAUCACCUCACUAGUGAUUCUUUACAGCUACUGUUUCUCAAAUCUCUG